ACUCGGGCGGGGACGCUCUGCUCGGCCUGCGCUAGUGAUCGGGCGACAGGCACAGGGAUCUUCCGCAUGGAGCCCUCAGGUGGAGGUUAGCCGAGGUUCCGACCUAAUUCCGAGUCUGGCCUGGCACCUCCAUAAUGGAGGCCAGCUCCAUGGCAGCCGCAGGUGCAUCCUGAGGACUUCCUGGAGGAGGAGGCGCGGCGGGGGUCGGAGGCGCGGAGCUUAGCCUGGUGGCCAGGAUCCAGCCCCAUCUCGGAGACCAGGCCAUGGAAGCCAUGUUCCUGCCAGUCUCAUGGAAGGGGUUGCUGUCCUUUGAGGACGUGGCUCUGUACUUCACCAGGGAAGAGUGGGACACGCUGGACUGGGCUCAGAAGGCCCUCUACAGGGACGUGAUGCUAGACAACUACAGACACAUCGUCUCCUUGGGAUUUCAGUUUCCCAAACCUGAGGUGAUCUGUCAGCUGGAACAGUGGGAAGAGCCGUGGAUCCUGGAAGUGCCGAGAGCGGGGACUAGGAAGGCUUCCGGUAGUGCCUGCCCAGAUUUGGAAGCCAGAUUCCAGAUGAAAGAGCUCACUCCAAAGAACACUUCUGAAGAUUUAAUGUUAUGGAAGAUGUCCUCAGUAAAGCAGAAAACAGCCAAGGAGCCUUCAGAAGAGUUACAUGAAUAUAAUGAAUUUGUGGACAUUUAUGGAUUUUCACUCCCUGCUACUGGUGAUGAGUGCUGUAAGGACUUCCUUCAAAGCCUUAACCUUAUUCACAGUUGGAGAGCUCAGACAAGGACACAGCAGGGCAAAUAUGAUGAGUACGGAAAACCCUACCAUCAGAGAUCACGGCUUUUGAGGCAUAAGAGAACUCUGACAAACACAAAAUCUUAUGAAUGCCAUGAAUGUGGAAGAGCCUUCCGGCGGCAGGCAAAUUUUGUUCGACAUCAAAGACUUCACAGUUCAGAGAAUCCCUUUGAGUGUGACAUAUGUGGGCAGGCCUUCAAACAGAAGUCCACUCUGAUCAUCCACAAACAGUGUCACUCACAAAAAAAGCCAUAUAAAUGUCUCGACUGUGGAAAGUGUUUCCGUCAGAUGGCAUAUCUCGUGGAACAUAAGAGGAUCCAUACCAAAGAAAAACCCUAUAAGUGCAGCAAAUGUGAAAGAACAUUUAGUCAGAAUUCAACGCUUAUUCGACAUCAGUUAAUCCACAGUGGAGAGAAACCCCACAAGUGCACUAAAUGUGGAAAAGCCUUUGGCCGGCACUCAACCCUUAUAAGCCAUCAACAGAUUCACAGUAAACAGAAUGCUCACAAAUGCAGUGAAUGUGGAGAAUCCUUUGGUCGGAAUGUCGAUCUCAUUCAGCAUCAAAGGAUCCACACAAAGGAGGAAUUCUUUGAGUGUAGAGAAUGUGGGAAAACCUUUAGCUUUAAGGCAAAUCUUCAUCGACAUGAGGUCAUUCAUACUGGAGAGAGACCCUACAGAUGUGACAAAUGUGGAAAGUCUUUCAGUUGGCGCACAAGCUUUAUUAAGCAUCAGGGUACCCACAGAGAGCGGGUAUCUGCAUGAUAUUAACUGGAAAAGCUACCAAUUUAAAGCCCAGAACUUAACCACUAUGGCAAGUAUGUAUAACCUGAUUGUUUCAUGAAAAUUAAUAAACAAGAACUGGUUUUUCUAUGGGGACCCUCUCUUCAUAGCCAA